CCUUUCAUCGCAUCCACUAGUCGUACGUACACACACGACCCGACUGACAGAUUAACAAACCGAGCCAGCUUGAUGGCGACUCCACCGGUGGCUUCUGUUCCGCCGGCGAACCAGGGGUUGGAAGGCGGCCAACCAGCUCCGCCAGCGCCUCCGGGAACUGACAUGACAGGAAUAUGCUUCAGGGACCAGCUGUGGCUCAACACCUACCCUCUCGACCGCAACCUCGUCUUCGAUUACUUCGCCCUCUCACCCUUCUACGACUGGACCUGCAACAACGAGCAGCUUCGCAUGCGCUCCAUUCACCCACUUGAUCUCUCCCACCUCUCGAAAAUGGCAGGUAUAGAAUACAUGCUAUAUGAAGUUAUGGAGCCCCAUCUAUUUGUUAUCCGCAAGCAAAAGAGGGAUGGUCCUGAAAAGGUUACACCGAUGCUCACUUAUUAUGUUUUGGAUGGCUCGAUUUACCAAGCACCCCAACUUUGCAAUGUUUUUGCUGCUCGAGUUGGGCGGGCUCUGUAUUAUAUAUCUAAGGCUUUUACUACUGCUGCCUCAAAGUUGGAGAAGAUUGGAUAUGUUGAUGCUGAAAAUGACAGUGCAGCCUUGGAAUCGAAGGUUGCUAAAGAAACUAUUGAUUUUAAGGAAGUUAAGCGAGUAGAUCAUAUUCUUGCAUCCUUGCAACGCAAGUUACCUCCGGCUCCCCCACCACCACCAUUUCCAGAAGGUUAUGUGCCCCCUCACACUGCCGAUGCAGAGAAGGGACCUGAAGGCCCACAAUCAGGAGAACCGCAAGCUCCUUCAGUUGACCCCAUCAUCGAUCAAGGUCCAGCUAAAAGAAUGAAAAUUUGAAGAACAUCCAGUUCCCAGAUUUAUCAGCAUCCAAGAGUAUAUUGGACGUGGAUGCUACCUUCGAGAGAUGAAUUUUUCAUGCAGCUAAGUCCUGACUUAAAUGUCUUCCAAAGUCCCUUUUGUUGGUUAUUAAAACUUCACCAUUUGAAGUUCUGGUCAUGAUCCGUAUUAAAGGUUAGCGUGAUAUAACAUGUAUGCCGACAAUGCACCUAACAUGUGUAAGUUCAAACUAACAUAUUAAUUUUCUCUUGUACCAUAUCUCCAUUUUGAGGAUUGAGUGUAAACAUUUUGCAUUUAAGCUUUUGGUCAAACAGAUGUAAUGGGAUA